CCAAAUCACGUGCGAGGAAAGUUUUAAGGGAUCGUUGAUCGCCUCUAGCACCGUUUGACCGGUGGGCGUAUUCUCCCGUCCUUGGGCCCUACCGCCGGCGUCUCCAGCCGGAGCGUUGGGUAGCAGCAGGGUAGCAGCAAGGAAAGUUUUAUGGGAUCGUUCAUCGCCUCUUGCUCCGUUUGAUUGGUUGCCGUAUUCUCCCGUCCUUGGCCCUUACCUUCGGCGUCCCCAGCUGGAGCGUCUGGUGGCAUCAGGUUAUCUGUGCCGUUCUUGUUAUUGUUUCUUUUAUUUCGUCCAUUGCUGUGUUCUGCCUUCGCCUCAUCCUCGGUGCGUGAAACGAAGAUUGCUCCCAAUAAGUCGCUCCGCCCGUUCACCAUCGCUGAUACCACCCGUCGACGGCUGUCGAUUAAGGUUUUCCUUUACCUGAUAUUCUUGCCGAUUGGGCUCCAAGAAUCUCGUCUUUUGGAGAUCAGACGUUCGAGAGAACCCAAUAGGUGCCCAUGAACAAGGAAUUGACGUGAUAAUGCGGAUGAAAAAGGUCGGAAAGUACGAUGUUGUUAGAACCAUUGGACAGGGGACCUUUGCCAAGGUCAAGUCUGCUGUCAAUACAGAGACCGGCGAGAUCGUUGCCAUGAAAGUGCUAGCAAAGAAUACCAUCCUUGAACAUAGGAUGGUCCAUCAGAUAAAGAGAGAAAUAUCCAUAAUGAAGAUUGUGAGGCACCCAAACAUAGUUAGACUGCAUGAGGUUUUGGCUAGCACAACAAAGAUAUACAUCAUUCUGGAACUUAUCACAGGUGGUGAACUAUAUGACAAAAUAGUUCACCAACGAAAGCUUUGUGAGAAUGAAUCUAGAUGUUUCUUCCAGCAACUUAUUGAUGCAGUUGACUAUUGCCAUAGCAAGGGUGUCUACCACAGGGAUUUAAAGCCCGAAAAUCUUCUUCUUGACUACGAAGGAAACCUGAAAGUGUCAGAUUUUGGACUAAGUGCAUUGCCUCAGAAAGGGGUCGGGCUUCUCCAUACAACUUGUGGUACCCCUAAUUAUGUUGCUCCUGAGGUACUCAAUCAACAAGGUUAUGAUGGUUCUGCAGCAGAUGUGUGGUCAUGCGGAGUCAUCCUAUAUGUCCUGAUGGCUGGAUAUCUCCCAUUUAACGAGACUAAUCUUCAAACCUUGUAUGAAAAGAUCAAUGCAGCAGAAUUUACCUGCCCUGCCUGGUUCUCUUCAGGAGCAAAGUCAUUGAUAUACAGAAUACUUGAUCCAAACCCAAAAACUCGUAUUAACAUUGAAGGAAUAAAAAAUGAUGCAUGGUUCCAGAUAAAUUAUGUUGCUGUUCGGCAUGGGGUUGAGGAAGAAGUCAAUUUAGAUGAUAUUGAUGCUGUUUUUAAUGACAUUGAGGAUCAAUAUGUAACUGAACGAGUACAAGAUACUGAUAAUGGUCCUCUUAUAAUGAAUGCUUUUGAGAUGAUAACCUUAUCUCAAGGGUUGGACCUUUCAGCACUAUUUGAUAGACGCCAGGAAUAUGUGAAUCGCCAAACUCGUUUUGUCUCACGCCAACCAGCUAAGACCAUUAUAGCAACUAUUGAAGCUGUGGCAGAAUCUAUCGGCUUCAAGGUUCAUUCCCAAAACUACAAGAUGAGGCUUGAAGGAGUGUCUACAAUUAAGAUGCAUCAGCUUGCUGUUGUAUUGGAGGUCUUCGAAGUAGCACCUUCCCUUUUCAUGGUUGAUGUUCGCAAGGUUUCUGGUGAUACCCUAGAAUAUCACAAGUUCUACAAGAACUUGUGCAAUAAGCUGGAGAAUAUUAUCUGGAGACCAGACAAAGUAUCUUGAACCAAGACUUGCUGAGAUCAGCUGGAAGAUUCAGAUGAACCAGUGUAAAGUAAUCCUGCGGAUGAGUUAUUUGUCUGUAUUCAGUGGCAAGUCUAUUCAGUACAUGUUUCAGAAUUGUAUUUACUAUCAAAUCAAUGGAGGACUUAUAUGUAGAGUAUCAGUGUGAUGUUUUAGAUACUACUUUAAAAUACGGUCAAUAAUGGAGAUGAAUUACGUCAAA